AUGAGCAGGGGUGUUGGCGCUCACUUUCAGACCAAAACCCCAACUUCUCAUCCGUCAAUCCUCACCCAUUACGGGCAAUGCCUCGGAUUACCACACCCACGUCCACCCUCGCAACAACAACACCAGCAACCACCACACCGAAAGCAAUACGCUACAACACCUCGCAUGCAACGCCGCCCGGGCCCGUUAAGUCAGUCAACCGGGUCCUCUCAACAGGCAGCGUUACUCUUCCCCCAUUUCACAACCCCGCCGAUAUCAUGGUGGAACAGUAUCGAAGCGAUGGGGAAAUUGGGGGGUGUCCCGCCCGCAGAAUGCUCCAACGCCGUGACCGUGUUCUGUUCCCUUGCCACUGCCGCCAACGACGGAUGGAAGGAGAAACUGGAGAAAGAUUACAAAAUCCCCCCCCUAACCCUCCACUACGCCGCCCUCUCCCUCUUCCUAAUGAACACCCCGACCCCCGCCGCCCAGCCAGUCGGCAUGCGCAUGCUCCAAACAGCCUCCACCCUCAACUUCGUCCCUUCCACCCUCUCCCUAAUCCGCGCCUUCGAAAUGUCUCCGGCAUCCGCCCGUUCCAAAUCCGACGCCUACCUUACCGCUGUCGAUCAACGUUUCCGUCGCCUCCUCCAGACUAACCCGUCCCCGGAUGUGUAUACACUUCAGGGCUUGGUGCUGUUUAAUCGGGGGUAUCCGGAUGCGCAGGCGUUGAGGUUCUUUGAUUUGGCGCUGCGGGAGGGUAUGGAGCAUCCACCGCCUCCACCGAUAGUACCAGGGACGGGGGCGGUGUCUGCUUCGGAACCGAGACGGCGCAGUCCGAGAUGGACUUACGAGGCGAUUUGUCACCGACACAGAGCGACGCUGCUGUUUCGGCGGAAAGAACGCGUGGAAGAGGCUCGCGCGGAGGCGUUUGCGUCGUUGGAGGUUUUGGCGUUUGAGUUGGGGGAUCCGAAGGGGUAUACACAGUUAGCGAAGAGGUUGUUGCCGGCUUUUACGGGGGAAAGUGAUGGAUUUCUCACGCGGGCUGCGCAGAGCGGGGAUUGGGAGGCGUGCGAGCUGUUGGCGAUGGUUCUGAGCAAACUAUCAGGAAGCAAAGAGGCAGCAAGUGAGCUGACAAAGGCGAAAAUGGAGGAGAUGCUGCGGAUGGCGGUGGAGUGGGUGGCUGUGAUUCCGGAUGAGGGGAAGAGGGCGGAUGUGUUGAAGAGGGUAAAGAGUGUGAGGGAGUUGUUGUAG